AGUUCUUUCUUCCCGUUCUCAUCACCUUUCACCUCAGCAUUCAAAUCGGUCGCUUCGCCCCAUCUUCCAUUUCCUUAAAAGCGCUUCGCACGCACGCGCCGCCGCUUUCCAAACCAACCCCGCCGUAAAUAAUCAUAUGAUGAUCGCCGCGAAAACCACAGAGAGAAAUCGGAAAGAAAAUUUCAAAUAGAAAACCAAAAGAAAAGAAAAUCAAGAGAAAGAAAAACACACAGAGAGUGAAGCUUCUUGUUCCUUUAUGUAAUGCAUCAGAAGAAAUCUGAAAUUCAGAUCGGAAAAGAAAGCACCGGCGUCUCUUCCGAUUUCAACCCUAAACCACCGUUCCUCCUCCACCACAACCACCACCACCACCACCACCAACACCAACAACAGCAGAUAACACAAAUUGAAAUCUCAAUUCCACCUUCAUCAUCAUCUGCACCUUACAAGAGACCCUCACUUUCCAAAUCCCAAACCCUAUUCAAAUUCCCGAACAAACCAACCUGUAAAUUCUCCAAACCCACCGCCUCAUUCUCCUCCCUCUCCGCCGCCGCAAUCCGCCGUCUCCGCCUCCACCUCCGCCUCGUCCUCCUCCUCUCCCUCCCGUUUUUCUACUUUCUCGUCACCCACCCGGCGGAGUCCUUUCUUCUCGACUUCCUCUCCGCCUUCGCCUUCUCCGCCGGGCUUCUCCUCUCGCUCCACCUCGCUGUCCCUCGUCUCCCGUCCUCCAUACGAUUCAGGCUCAGGCCUCGGCCGUCGCUGCCGGUGGUGUGGACAGUCGGGUGGCGCCGUAAGGCGGCGGCUGGGUGCGGUGUUAGGGUUUACGCGAACGGGGACGUGUACGAGGGGGAGUUUCAGGGAGGGAAGUGUGUAGGGAGUGGGGUGUAUUAUUACAGUAUGAAUGGGAGGUAUGAAGGGGAUUGGGUGGAUGGGAUGUAUGAUGGGUGUGGGGUGGAGACUUGGGCUAGAGGGAGUAGGUAUAGAGGGCAGUAUAGGCAAGGGUUGAGGCAUGGGUUUGGGGUGUAUAGGUUUUACACUGGAGAUGUUUAUGCAGGGGAAUGGUCUAGUGGACAGAGCCAUGGAUGUGGAGUUCAUACCUGUGAUGAUGGGAGUAGAUAUGUUGGGGAGUUCAAGUGGGGGGUCAAGCAUGGACUUGGCCACUACCAUUUUAGAAAUGGGGAUACAUAUGCUGGUGAAUACUUUGCGGACAAGAUGCAUGGGUUUGGGGUAUAUUCUUUUGCAAAUGGCCAUCGUUAUGAAGGAUCCUGGCAUGAGGGGAAAAGACAAGGGCUUGGAAUGUAUACAUUUAGAAAUGGGGAGACCCAAUCUGGUCACUGGCAAAAUGGAAUCCUUGACAUUCCAAGCACACAGAACCCCACCUAUCCAGUUUCUCCUGUUGGUGUCAAUCAUUCCAAAGUACUUAAUGUGGUGCAGGAAGCAAGAAGAGCAGCUCAGAAGGCCUACGAUGUAGGCAAGGUAGAUGAAAGAGUAAAUAGAGCAGUAGCAGGCGCUAAUAGAGCAGCUAAUGCUGCUAGAGUAGCUGCUGUCAAGGCUGCGCAGAGGCAAAUGCAUAAUAAUGUUAACAGGGAGAGCCUCCCAAUUCCUAUUGUGUGAGGCUAUCAACUACAACUUUUGUUUAAGUAGAGUGUAGAGAAGCAUAAGAUUGUGGGAGAGGUUGGUAAUGGUAGCUACUGAGUUUAAACCACAACGCGAUAUCACGACCAUCUUCAUCAGUGGCUAGCUGAAACCAAGCAGAUAUAUUCUGUGUCUGCUAUUGAGUCUUGUAUAGAGGAAGGCUGAUGACAUAUGGGGUAAGACUACAUCUUCAUCCCCCACCCCCCCUUUUUCCUUCAUUUUGUAAAUUUAUGUAGCUGUAUGUGCUGGUGCGCGGGUGAAACCUCAACCCAGCUACUAUUGUAAUAUCGCAUAUGGUAAAAAUAAGAAGAGACAUCUAUUAUAACAUAUUCCUUUUCCCAA